AUGGGUAAUCCUUACGUGCCUGUUUCUCAGCUAUUGUCAUUAGCUGACGAUCCUGAAAUACGACGAACUCGUAAAAAUCUUCGAAUUCUACUUGGUGUGCUUCUCGUUCUAACUGUACUUGGUACAAUUAGUUCGAUAACUGGCAAUGGAAUUGUGAAUAAUUCCAAAUAUUCUUCACGUGGUACUGAAAUUGCUCAAUCCAUUAUUUCAGUUUUAUUCCUCAGCUUUGGAUAUUUGGCUGCUCAACGUUACUCUAAAAUAGGUUUACGAGUGUUUGCUUGGCUAAACAUUAUUGAAUUGGUUAUUAUGGGUAUUGUUCUAGCGAUUCUCGUCAUUUGCGGUUUAGUAGUUGUACGUGCCGCAAGCUCGGCUGCUAAUGGUGAGCAGAAAGGUAUUCUGGUUCUAUCAAUAGUUGUUGUCGUUGUGAUUAUUGCUGUCAUCAUAGGUCUUAUUCUUCAAGUUAUAAUUGUAAAGAUGAGUUUCAAAUUGGCAAGACUUAUUGAAGCGAAAGAGUCUUUAUUUUUUUCAACAAAUCUAGCUGUUUGA